AUGAAGGAGUUCAUGUGUGGAGCGUUGAUAGACGAUGCUGACAUGAGGCCAUACUCAAUUAACUGGGUACAGACACAAAUGAACGAGACAUUGGAUUCAGUCACUGGUACAACACCCGCUCACUAUUUCAGGGGCCGUUAUAGAGAACUACAAGUGCCUUUCAACAAGGGUUCUCAGGAAGAUCAUGUGUUGCCAUGGUUAGAGAAGAUGCGUCGUACCAGAAAUGUUGUUUUUCCUUGCUUGAGAGAGAUGAAGGAUAUCGCACUCAAGAAGAGACAAAAACGAUGGAAUAAUUCGAAGAAGAUAGUCGAGUUUGAGGUGGGCGAUAAAGUCAACAUCAUUGCUCGCAACUCCGACACAAUUGUGCUUACGGCUAAAUGCAUUGGAUCAUUCAAGAUUUCAGUGGCCGAUAAGAAGAGAGGAACUUACGAAGUUAACAAUGUUGACGGUUCAAGUUCUCUUAACAUCGGAUCACAUCGAAUUCCGACGACAGAAACCAUCCUUCGUCGCACACGUGAAGCUACUACACAUCUUAUGUCUUACGAGAUCAAGAAAACUCUUGGGAAGUACAAACAUGAGGACAUGACUUGCUAUACAACGGAGUUUACAGAUGGCGUACAAUACGAUCUACCCCCAUCGGCAUUCGAUGAUCCAGACGUAUUGAAGGCUUUUAAUAAGAAGAUUCACAAACGCCUACAUAACAACAAGGCAGAUGCAGUGGCUAUCAUACCUACAAACAAACGUCCUGAUGUACUUAAAGUAUAUCCGCUGACAUCAUCCAUUCCAAGUUUCAAAGACCAUGAAAUAUACGUACCCCCUAAAGGCACUAAGAAACGUCCCAUCCACCAUCGGGGACCUCAAGGACCUAAACCCAAACGUAAUAGAGUAACCGAGUAA